GGCGGGCGGGCGAGCCCCGCACCGGCCGCAGGAGCACCGUCCGUCGGCUCCCGGGCUGUCGCAGGAGGAAGGAGACGGCGCGGGACCCAGACGGCAGCGGAGGGAAAAGGCGGCCAUGUGGCCUUCCGGACGCCCGUGAGGAGAUUGGCUCCGGGCAGGGGCCUCCUCCGCCGCCUUCGAUGGAGCCCUAGCCCCCGGCCCCGGCUUCGGGCGGAGGCCAUGCCCGCGGACAGCCCGGCGUGCCCGUGAGCGGCCAUGAGCGACCCGCCCCGCCCCGGCCGCGCCGCGCCCGGCUUCCAGGACCCGGGGCCCCGGGCCGGGCCGGCCGACGAUUACUUCGCCCGCAAGUUCAGAGCCCCGAACGGCGGGCCGGGCCCCCCCGCGCCGCUGGCGGCCGCCCCCCGGGGGGAGAGCGGGAGCCCGGCCAACGGCACCCCCGCCGUGCCCAAAAUGGGGGUCCGCGCCCGGGUGUCCGAGUGGCCCCCGCGGAAGGACGGGGCCAAGGAGCCGGGCGGCCGGGCCCCGCGGGAGGGCCGCGAGGCGGUGGCCGGCUACGGGAGCGCAGAGGCGGCCCCGCCGGACGUGGCGCCGCGGGCGGCCGGGCCCACGCUCGGGGACGCCUUCGGCCCCGCGCCGCCCCCCCGGGGGCUGCACCCCGUGCGCCAGCGGAGCAACAGCGACGUGACCCUCAGCGACCUGGAUGCGGACGAGGCCCUGGGCCCGCGGGCCACCAAGCCCGGCCCGGGAGCCCCGCUGCGCCGGGAGUACGGCAGCACGUCCUCCAUCGACCGGCAGGGCCUGGCGGCCGCCGAGUACUUCCUGGCCGGGCUCCGGGGCGGGCGGGCCGAGGGCCCCCGCGGCCCGCCGGACCUCUUCCCCCGGCCCGUCCGCGGCCCCGCGCCCCUGGUCUCCCCGAGCCUGCACGCGGCGGCCCGGAUCUCGCGGGGCGAGCUGGGGCGCCUGGCGGGCCUGGACCGCCCGGACCCCGGGGCCCCGCCGGCGCCCGGGGAGCGGGGCUCCUCCGGUCCCCGCCGGCCCCGGGCCGAGCCGGCCGAGCCCUCGCUCUUCCGGCGGCUGCGGGCGGCCAGGGGCGAGCCGGAGGCCCCCGGCAAGGCCCCGGACGGCGGCGGCGUGGCCCGGCCCUGCUCCCGCCACCGCUGCUUCGCCCACUACGACGUCCAGAGCAUCCUGUUCGACAUCGACCAGGCCGUGACGGCCCGCGCCAACGCGGGCAAGCGCAAGAACCUGGCCACGGGGGCGUCGGCCGCGUCCCAGGCCGGGGCGACGGGCGGGGGCGGGGGCUCGCCGCUGGGCAGCCGGGAGGACCUGAACUCCCGGGAGAGCCCGGAGGCCGACGCCGGGGACGGGAAGAGCAACGAGCUGCUGCUCAGCUGCCCGCACUUCCGCAACGAGACGGGCGGCGAGGGCGAGCGGCGCAUCGGGCUGUCGCGGGCCAGCGCGGCCCCCCGGGCGGCGGGGGAGGGCGGCUCUUUCGAGUCGUCCCUGAGCUCCCACUGCACCAACGCCGGCGUGUCCGUGCUGGAGGUGCCGCGGGAGAGCCAGCUGCCGCCCCGCGAGAAGGUCAAGCGCUACAUCAUCGAGCACGUGGACCUGGGCGCCUACUACUACCGCAAGUUCUUCUACGGGAAAGAGCACCAGAACUACUUCGGGACGGACGAGAACCUCGGGCCGGUGGCCGUGAGCAUCCGCAGGGAGAAGGUGGACGACACGAAGGACAAAGAUGGGUCCCAGUUUCACUACCGGGUCGUGUUCCGGACGAGCGAGCUGACGACGCUCCGAGGGGCCAUCCUGGAGGACGCGGUGCCGUGCAGCGGGAGGCCCGGCCCGGCCCGGGGGCUGCCGGCCCGGGAGGUGCUGGAGUGUCUCGUCCCGGAGUUGGGCCUGCAUUGCCUGCGCCUGGCCGUCAGCUCUCCCUCCGUCGCCGAACAGCUGCUCAGGCUGGAUGAGCAAGGGCUGAGCUUCCAGCACAAGGUGGGCAUCCUGUACUGCCGGGCCGGCCAGGGCAGCGAGGAGGAGAUGUACAACAACGAGGCGGCCGGGCCCGCCUUCGACCAGUUCCUGGACCUCCUGGGCCAGCGCGUGCGACUCCGGGGCUUCACCAAGUACCGCGCCCAGCUGGACACCAAGACCGACUCGACGGGGACGCACUCCCUGUACACCACCUACAAGGACUACGAGCUCAUGUUCCACGUGUGCACCAUGCUGCCCUUCAUGCCCAACAACCGGCAGCAGCUGCUGCGGAAACGUCACAUCGGCAACGACAUCGUCACCAUCGUGUUCCAGGAGCCGGGGGCCCUGCCCUUCACGCCCCAGACCAUCCGCUCUCACUUCCAGCACGUGUUUGUCAUCGUCAGGGUUCACCAUCCCUGCACCGAGAACGUGUGUUACAGUAUCGGCGUGUCCCGGUCCAGAGACGUCCCGCCAUUCGGGCCCCCCAUCCCCAAGGGCGUGACCUUCCCCAAGUCGGCCGUGUUCCGGGACUUCCUCCUGGCCAAGGUGAUCAACGCGGAGAACGCCGCCCACAAGUCGGAGAAGUUCCGCGCCAUGGCCACCCGGACGCGGCUGGAGUACCUCCGGGACCUGGCCGAGAACUCCGUCACCGCGGCCACGCUGGACGCCUCCUCGGCCAAGUUCAGCUUCAUCACGCUCGGGGCCAAGCGGAGGGAGAAGGCGCGGCCGCGGCCGGACGCCCACCUGGCCAGCGCCGGGGCCGUCACGUGGAGCGUGGUGGCGCGCGACUUCGGCCGGUCGGCCGACAUCGCCUGCCUCCUGGGCGUCUCCGGCGAGUUCCUGGUGCUCGUCGAGAGGGAGUCCAAGGACGUGGUCUUCAACUGCUCCUGCCGGGACGUCAUCGGCUGGACGUCGGGCUGGACCAGCGUCAAGGUGUUCUACGAGCGCGGCCAGUGCGUCCUCCUGUCGGCCGCCGAUCGCCGCGGGGACGACGUCCGGGAGGUCGUGCGGCGGCUGGAGAUGGUGACCCGAGGCUGCGAGACGGUGGAGAUGACCCUGAGGAGGAACGGGCUGGGCCAGCUGGGCUUCCACGUGAACUUCGAAGGCAUUGUGGCGGACGUGGAGCCCUUCGGCUUCGCCUGGAAGGCCGGCCUGCGGCAGGGCAGCCGGCUGGUGGAGAUCUGCAAGGUGGCCGUCUCCACCCUGACCCACGAGCAGAUGAUCGACCUGCUGCGCACCUCCGUCACCGUCAAGGUGGUCAUCAUCCACCCCCACGAGGACGGGUCGCCCCGCCGGGGCUGCUCGGAGCUGUGCCGCGUGCCCCUGGUGGAGUACAAGCUGGACAGCGAGGGCGCCCCGUGCGAAUACAAGACCCCGUUCCGGCGCAACACCACUUGGCACCGGGUGCCCACGCCGGCCCCGGCCGGGCAGCCCCCGGCCCGCGCCUCCCCCGCUCUCGGGCCGCCCGACGGGAUCCCCGCCCAGCAGCUCCAGCGCCAUUCACGGGCCGCCCUCCCACGCAGCACCUCUUUUGACCGAAAGCUGCCCGACGGCGCCAGGAGUUCACCGAGCAACCAGUCGUCGUCCAGCGACCCGGGACCCAGCGGCAGCAGCCACUGGAGACAGCCGAUCGGCUACGACGGGUGCCAGUCGCCCCUGCUUCAGGAGCUCCAGGGCCCGCCCGAGUGUGAAGAAGCCAGGGAGCAAGAGGAGAUUUUGGACGGGACGCGGCACCCCGAAAUCAAGUGGCCCGGGCUGCCCCCAGCAGUCCUGAGUUCCUACAGCGAGCAAGCCCUGCCGAAGGAGGGGAGCGUCCACGACUGCUCCCACAAGCUUUCUCUGAUCGGGGAGCGAGCCUGCUCCAGUUGCGCCAGCAGCAGCAGCAGCAGCAGCAGCAGCAGCUCCGCAUGCGGGCACAGCGAGGACCGGGCGCUGGACGCCGCCGACCUGCUGGACGCCGACCCGCGGGGGCCGCCGAGCUACGGCAAAGGGGCCUCCUCCGACAGCGGGCAGGCGGACCCGGCCCCCCGCCCGCCCACCGCCCUCCUGGGACCCGUCCACCUCCCCGCCCGGGCCGAGCCGUGGGCCGAGCCGGUGGCCGGGCCGCAGCGGGAGCCGACGCCCGGCUCGCCGGGCCCCGGCACCAGUGACGGCGAUUUCAGCCCGGCGUCUUCCCUCUCCAGUGGAUCGCAGCGCUCCGGAAGUCCGGCCGGCCGCUGCCCCAAGAGCGGAGGCUCCUUGGACGCCUCCAAAGUCUACAUCGUGUCUCACGGCGGCGGCCAACAGGCGGCUGGAUCCGUGGCCCAGCCGUUCCACCGGCUAGGGGCCGGCGGCGCCUACGUCAUUGGCUGGAAGAGGUCAGAGAGCAGCCCGACCCCCGAAGAAGUGGAAGCUAUUGAGUGCCAGGGUCUGUGCGGCGGCAUGGACGGGCUGUGUGUGCCCAGUGUGCCGGAGGAGGACCACGACCCCCCGGACGGGCAGAGCGGCCUGGCGAAGGACGACCUACUGAAGCUCCUGUUCCCCGGCAGCCCCGGCCGGGAGGAAGGAUGGAGGAAGUUCUCGGUCUCCGGGAGCCCGUCCCCGCGGCGGUCGCUGUACCGCACCCUGUCCGACGAGAGCGUGAGCAGCGUCCGGAGGGACUCGCGGAGCUCCGUCCUGGACCGGGCCCUGCCCAACGACAUCCUGUUCAGCACGACCCCGCCCUACCUCAGCUCGCUGCCGCCCGGCUCCGCUGUGCCACCGCCGCCCGGCCUGACCGGUGAAUUCUGGUUAUCGGACCCAUCUGGAUUCACCGAUCCGAGGCUGUUGCCCCUGCCCAAUGCCGCCUCCGGGCUGGACUGGUCACACCUGGUGGAUGCGGCGCGGGCAUUUGAAGGGCUCGACUCGGACGAGGAGCUCAGACUGGACUGUCCACACACGUCCUGCCUAGACCAGCGGGCAACGUCGUUCUGCUCCCUGACGGACUUGGAGCCGGGCCAGGAUCCGGAUGAGCCUCAGGAGUGCGUGCUGGACGAGGAUGCGGCCGACGAGGCGCGCUUCGUGGACAGCCCCGGGGAGACCGUGUCGUCCGCACUGACCGGGAAAGUGAACCAACUGGAACUCAUUCUGCGGCAGCUCCAGACCGAUCUCCGGAAGGAGAAGCAGGACAAGGCCGCGCUGCAGGCGGAAGUCCAGCACCUGCGGCGAGACAACCAGCGCCUGCAGGAGGAAUCCCAGGCCGCCACGGCCCAGCUGAGGAAGUUCACUGACUGGUUUUUCAACUCCGUCGACAGGAAGCCCUGAGCGACAUCCCUGCCCGCCCC